UAUCAGCAUUUUCUUGCCAGUCUGGCAGAACUAUAAAUAUGGGACUAUUCAGAAAUAUGUAGUCCCCAUCAACACACUUCCAAUAAUUCACUAGAUCACCAGACCAUGAGAUUAUACCGCCGCUUCGUGUCAUCCUUCCGGAAAUACUUUGUCGCUUCGCCAGCUUCAAAAAAGGGUCGCCCUGUGUCACCAGAAACUUUGGCUACUACCAAAACCGACCCGGAGGUUAAAACUCUGGGUAAGCGUUAUUCAUUGUCACCGUCAUUGAAGACUAAGCUCUGGACACCAGCCACUACCAAAACCGACCUGGAGGUUGAAAGUCUGGCCACUGCUACCGAAACCGACCCGGACGUUGAACCCGGCUCCGAAUCAUCCAGUAGUACUGAAAACCCAUUUUCUGGCGGUCCCAUGUUACUUCAGUCCAAUUCCACCACGACCAGUAGCUUGCCCGAGGCUGCAACUGGUACAGAUGGUCCCGCGGCCCCCGUCAGUCUCUCUGUGACCGAGCAAGCUACCUCAAAUGCUUCCACAGCACAACCCCCGGCUCAAGAUAGUCUACAUGCACGACCGGGCGAAGACACGAACAUAAGCUGCGUUUUUUUCGAUUCCAACUCGUAUGUUGGGUCACCUACAUUUAAUAUCGACUCAGAAGAUGCGACUGGAGCAAGUGGGCGACACAUUUCUAGCCUCGUUACUGUCAUAUGCUGAUCAGUCCUCUAGCAUACAGCACUCCCGAGAACAGGUUCUGGCCACAGCGACCACCAUCUUCAGUAGCCUAUUCCACUCGAAUAACUCAUCCCAUAAUACAUGAGCGUGUCAUGUAUUUCGGUCCUGGCACUGUAGUGGGUAGCCCGACCGUGAACGUCCGAUCUCCGCGUGCUUCUGGCGC